AGGGGCAUCGCUGGGCCCCCAUGGUGACCAAGGGACAUGGGGACAGAGGGGAACUGUUUGUACCCCAUUUAGUGUCCCAAGAGAAGCGAAGGUUCACGCCAACCCCAGGAGAGGAGCCUCGGGAAGGGGACCAUCAUCUGCCCCUUUAGGAGGACCAGAGUGGAACUAGAUUGGCUUGUGCAAGCAUUCAAGUGGCCGUUAUCAUCGACUUGAUAAGAGGAUGGCUAUUUGAUCCAUCCGGACCUCUGGGGGGAUGGCGCUGAUUGGGCCCGGUCUUCUGGUGGUGUUGGCCUUGUGGGUCGGGCUGAAUGUCCAGGCUGAGCACACCAAGCAGGCUCGUGUUCCUCUGAUCCCCCAUCGGCCGUUUGUGGUUGUUUGGAACGCCCCCACCGAAUCCUGUCGGCUUCGCUUCAAGGUGGACUUGGACCUUAGCGUCUUCGACAUUGUGGCGAACCUCAACGAAACCCUCAGUGGACCAAAUGUCACCAUCUUCUACCAUAGCCACUUGGGGUACUAUCCUUACUACUCCAGUACGGGGAUCCCCAUCAAUGGAGGUCUGCCUCAGAACCAGAGUCUCUCCAAACAUCUGAGCAAAUCCAGGGCCGACAUCGACAAGCUCAUCCCACACAAGGACUUCCGGGGCCUGGGCGUCAUCGACUGGGAGAACUGGAGGCCCCAAUGGGUCCGUAACUGGGGUUCCAAAGACAUCUACCGGAACAAAUCCAAGGAGCAGAUCCGGAAGUUGCACCCGAGCUGGCCGGAGAGCAAGGUGGAGAUGGAGGCCAAAGAAGCCUUUGAAAGUGCGGGACAAGGCUUCAUGAACGCCACCUUGCUUCUGGCCGAAGGCCGCCGUCCUGACGGCCUCUGGGGUUUCUACUUGUUUCCCGACUGCUACAACUACGGGUACAAGCAGCACCCGCAGCGAUACACCGGAGAGUGUCCCAACGUGGAGCACGUCCGCAACGACCACCUGAUGUGGCUGUGGAGGGAGAGCACGGCUCUGUACCCUUCCAUCUACCUGGACCACGAGCUCAAGUCUUCGGCCAACACCGUCAAAUUCGUCCACUACCGUGUUAAAGAGGCCAUGAGGAUCGCAUCCAUCGCUCGGGCCGACUUCACACUACCCGUGUUUGUGUACUCCAGACCGUUCUACGCCUACACCUUUGUGGUCCUCUCUGAGAGCGACCUGGUCCACACUAUUGGGGAGAGUGCAGCUUUAGGAGCAGCAGGAGUGGUGCUUUGGGGCUCCUCAGAAUAUGCCAGAACUCAGAGAAACUGCCUGGCGGUAAAGAAGUACAUCGACGGUCCCCUCGGCCACUACAUCAUCAACGUCACCUCCGCUGCCAAGCUGUGCAGCAAGGCUUUGUGCAAGAAGAACGGCAGGUGCGUCCGCAAGAGCCUGGAGUCGAGCGCCUACCUCCAUCUCAACCCCCGGUUCUUCCGCAUCCGCCGCAACCCGGGCCUGAGAGGCCCGCGCUUCCACGUCAGCGGCCACCUGAACAACCACGACAUCCUGGACAUGAAACACAAGUUCACCUGCCAGUGCUACCAAGGCUGGACGGGGGUCUACUGUGAAAUGCCCCAGUCUCCGCCUCUUCCUCCUCCUCCUAUCCAGCCCAUGCCCCACCCCAGGGACAACGGUUUGCUCGGAGACAUCCUGAUUAUCCUGUCCCUGCACUUCUCCUGUCUGUGUGUCAUCAUGUUUCUGGGACUGUGUCUUAUUAUCAAGUGUUUGAUAUUGUAGAGAUUGGAACGGCUCCGAGCCCU